UAAAUCUGACUUGGAAGGAACAACUUUUGUAGUGUUAGAAAAUUGCCGUUGUUACUAACUUUAUUGAAUACAAAAAGGUGUGUGUUGUAUUCUAUAGUCUAAUCCACACGAAUUAGGUUCGUUUCGCCAUAUAUUUUCUACGAAGGAUGUCAGGCUGGAUGUUAUAAGAUAAUGCACUUUAAAACACUGGGGCCAAUAGCCCGUCCUCUGAUUUGGUGCUUUAAAAUCUAAGAGUUGAGCUCGCAUGAGUGGCAUGUGUUUGGAGCCAUGCAUCAAUCUUCAAGGACCAAGAAACCCGACGUGAAAAUCGUCAUUCUGGGGGACAUGAAUGUGGGAAAGACUUCUCUCCUUCACAGAUACACGGAGAGGAAAUUUAAAGACACAAUCAGCACAGUUGGAGGGGCGUUUUUCCUGAAACAGUGGGGACCCUACAACAUAUCCAUAUGGGACACUGCAGGUCGGGAGCAGUUCCAUGGCCUCGGCUCAAUGUAUUGCCGUGGCGCUGCUGCAGUCAUCCUCACCUAUGAUGUUACUAACUGGCAGAGUCUGGCUGAGCUAGAGAACCGCUUUCUAUCCCUGACUGACACUGCCAAUGCUGACUGCAUUUAUUCCAUAGUGGGUAACAAAGCGGACCUGACUGACUCUCUUGCUCAAGUCCCGGACAUCGAGUUCCAGAAAGGGGACGAUCCCCAGCCUGUCGUUACAUGUCCGACUCCUCCUGCAACUCCAAUACUGCACAAACAAGUGAGCAGAGAGGAUGCCAUGGCUCUGUACGGACGCAUGCUACGCUACAAAGGCCUGGAGGAGAAAGCAUGCCUACCUGCCGAGAAGAUGUGCUUUGAGACAAGUGCGAAAACAGGCUACAAUGUAGAUGUUUUGUUUGAAACCCUCUUUGAUCUGGUUCUGCCCUCCAUUCUGAAGAAAAGGAGUGAGGGAGAGAGCUCCACAGUGGAUCUUGAGACACCGAUGGAGAUGAAAAGGACUAAAGCUGGAUGCUGUGUCUAGAGCGGGGUCAAGCAUAGCAGGAUUGUGAUAUUGUUUUGUGGAUCAAUGCCAAAGGAUAAAUGGAUCAAAUAUUUAAAAAAAAUCAAGUUGCCACAAUUACAGCUACAGUAGUUUGACAGGAAUAGUUCACCUAAAAAUGAAAAUUCUUUCAUUAUUUACUUAGCCUAAAGUUGCUUCAAAUCUAUGGCUUUCUUUCUUUUGUGGAACACAGAAGGUUUUAAUAAAAAAUUUAAAAAAAAAACACAUAAAAAAAUGCACAUCUUUUUAUCCAUACAAUGAAAGUGAUUGGUGACUCAGGGCUGUAAAGCUCUAUUAAGGGCAAUAAAAGAGCGUAAAGCUGCAGUUAAAGUAGUCAAUGUGACGUGCAAUAUUUUCCAUGUCUUAUGAAGCCAUACAAUGAAUUUGUGUGAUGAACAGACCGACAUUUGAAUCAAACAGCACCCAAAUCAAAUAUGACACAUCAGUGACAUCAAACCAUUAAGACGAAAACACAUGUGAAAAAAUUCCUUUUGUUUUCCUUGUAAGAAAGUCGUAUAAGUUUAUAGCGACAUUAGGGUGAGUAAAUAAUGACAUAAUUGUUGUGACUAUUCCUCCUAAUCACCAUUUUCAAAAUGUUCACAGCAGUAUUAAACGUUUUUCUAUGAAUGAAAUUGUGAAAGCACUUGGUGAUCAUGCUGAAUAGUACUGUUUUUUUUUCUUCAAUUUUAAGAAAUAAUUUUUACAUGAAACUUAAGGUGGUUGUUGUUGUCUUUUUUGCAUGAAUGAAUUUGGAAUACUCAUGGUCUCUCUUAUUAUAUAUAUAUAUAUAUAUAUAUAUAUAUAUAUAUAUAUUUGUUUUCCAUAUUUUUGAAAAUUGUUUGACAUAUAAUAUUUUUCCACUGCCUUGCUUCCAAAGUAUGGAAUAAAUGGACUAGCCUGUGUGGUUGGCAGUAUGAAUUUUGUUAUGCUGAGCACAGUGAUUAAAAACCAGGGUGUUAGAUAUUGCCAGUGGACCGUUUCCCAAAUUGUUUUCGGGGAAUAUCUUGGAUAUGCAGUUUUCAAGAGUGCCUGUCUGCAUCCUUCAAGUGCUUAUCUUGUUCUUUUGAUUUGCUUGUUUUUUUUUUGUUUAAAUUUUUUUUUUUAAACAGGACCAAAGUUUUAUUUUACAUUAAUUAUUU